CGAUCAUCAAUAAUUCUCCAUUGAACAAAAACCCUAGAAAUGCUAGCACUUCGCAAGCUCUCGACCCUAAAAUCAUCAAGAUUUCUCUCUUCUUUCGCUAUCCAAAACCCUAUUUCAAGCUCCUCAACGGUCCCAGACGUUCCCAGUUGCACUUACUACGACGAGCGCAUCAACAAAGCUGGUCGUGAAGGAGAUUUCGCCACUGUCCACCACCUUCUUAACAAGCGGGCGCGCGAUGGCUUUUUCAACACUAACAAUACGUUCAAGUUCAUUUCCACCAAUAAUGUGUCCAUACUCGAUGAUCUAUUGGAAACUAUAGCUCGGUUAGAUUGUGGUUUCCCGAGAAAGAGCUCCUACGACUGUCUCAUCGCACGUCUCUCGAAGAUGCACUGCAUUUCGGAGGCCAUGUGCGUUGCCGAAGCCAUGUUGAGCAAAGAACACGAAGCGAACAAUGUCACGUUUCAUCCCAUAAUUAAUGCUCUCACGAAGAAGGAGGAAUUCGAAGAAGCUUGGCGCGUGGUGGCGGUGAUGAAAUCCUGCCGAAUUUCUCCCGAUUUGACGACGUAUAAUUUUCUGCUGACAGGUUAUUGUUUUGCCGGAAAUGUGGCAUCGGCUGCUGGUGUCUUAGCAAAGAUAGAGGAGGAAGAGCUGGGGGUGGAUACCAGGACUUACGACGCCCUGGUUUUAGGUGCAUGUAGAGCAGGCAAAUUGGAUGCGGCGUUGGCAGUGGUUAGGAGGAUGGUAGAUGAUGGAGUUUCGCCAUUGUAUUGCACACACGCCCACAUUAUCGGAGCGUUUCUGAAGUACAACUAUUAUGAACAGGCAGUAGAGUUUGUUAGGAGCUAUGCAGGGAGAGACGCGAAAUUGGAUGCGGAAAAUUUCGGAAUACUGGCAACCAGAUCGAUCACUCGGAGUAAAUUGGAGGAAGCUAAAGAACUGGUUAAAGAGAUGAGUGAAAGGAGAUUGGCAAUGGGUCCGAGAUUGAAAGAUUUCUAUGAAUUGUAUGUUAGAUCUGACGGAUUGAGAUAAUUAUUAAGUAUGAAUGCAGCAUUUUUGAAAUGUAAGGACUUGGUGUUGUUGGAUGUUAGUUAAAAAGAAAAUUCAUCGAGUAUUCUUUAAUCGUGAAAAUUCAUCGCCUUUCAUCUAGAAUUAAUUACUGGAUUGAUUUGUCCAAGUUUAAGAUCUUUCUGGAAUGGACAAUUAUUAAAGAACAAUGUGGCUACAAACACAUUCAGAAAAAAAAUGAUCCAGGAAGAGCAUAGGGAAUGCCAAAAGCAUACAAUGGCAGAAAAGGUUUUGCUCUGACUAACUUUGAAGUGAGAAGAUCUGAGAACUUGAGGCAGCAACAAAUAAUAGAGUUGGAAAAGGGAAAUAUCUACUCAAAGGAUGUUGUCGAAGGUCUAUCAGAGCUUGAAAGAUCGAAACUUAUGUCUGCAAGCCCUGGACUUGUAGUUGCAUCCUGAAGGACAAUCAAUGAAGUUCACUUAGUUGCUUGUAAAUUGUUGCGUGAUAACUUGUCAUUUUGUAAGGUCAUUGCAUGCUGGCAAGGAAUUGACAACAUGGUUUUCAUCUUUUAGGCUAAAAACUGAUGCUGUAAUUAGCCUCUUUCCUGUUGUAUUGUUGCUGCGGCUGAAGCACCGAAGCUUGGCAGGAUUCUAUCACAUGGUGGGCACAUUACUGGAUAAAAUAGCAACUAACAAGCUGGGACGGUGUCAGGCACCAUAAAAGAACUCUGUUUCCUUUGUACCAGCAGCUAACUAGUACUCUACUUCUCAGUAGCUGCUGGAUACUCGUGGAUUUUGGAGCCUCAGUUAGCGAAUAUCUAAGAAAGACUUUAUUAAUUUUUCCAUUAUUGCAGUAUGUUAAGUGCUCCUAGAUUAUCAUCAUAAUGUAGUUUGUAUACGGAAUCUGUAUAUUUCAAGACUAGAUAUCAAAUUUGUUGAUUGUCAGUGAUCGCACUGAAUUAAUUA